AUGUCUUGUGUUUCGUUUAAUAACCGACUUACAAGAAUAUGGUUCUUUUUACUUCAAUUAACUAAAACCUUUUGUCUCAUAGUUAAAUUUAAGUGCAUACGGAUGGAUCGGGCACCAAGACUUGUGCAAGCUAAACGAAAAGCCAAUGAUGGUCUAGUUUUGAAAGCACCAAGACUUGUGCACCAAGACUUGUCCAAGGACAAUCUUUUGUGUGAUGAUCUUGUUGAGGCUUCCCAUGUUUCUAAAUACACUUCAGCUAACGAAGGCAAAUAUGCUUUAGAUGAAAAUUCAGCUAUUGAAGGCCAACAUCUGGUCAUGUUGAGAGACAAAAAGGAAUUGAGUCCUAGUGGUGAUGAAGUUAAGGAGGUUUUAAGAUUGUAUCAUAAGGUGCUUAACGAGCUUUUGAAAAAAAAUAGAAAGGCCUUAAUGCAAAAACCAAACAUUCACCUAGUUGCAGCAUCAAUUCUUCGUGAUAGACAUACAUGGUUGAACACAGUGAAAAGACUUGGAUCUAUUCCUGGAGUUGAAGUUGGUGAUGAGUUUCAAUACAGAGCUGAACUAUGUAUAAUUGGUCUUCAUCAUCAAAUUGAAAAGGGCAUAGAUUACAUGGAGAAGGAUAGAAUGAAAUUAGCUACAAGCAUUGUUUCAAGUGGUCGAUAUCCGAAUUUCAUGAAUUCAUCUGAUGUCUUAAUUUAUUCAGGAGAAGGUGGGAAUCCAUUGGUUCAAAAUAAGCGGCCACCUAAAGAUCAAGCUCUCACACAUGGCAAUCUUGCACUAAAGAAUAAUAUGGAUCAAAAAGUCCCAGUGAGAGUUAUCCUUAAGCAAAUGUGGAAAGGUUCUAAGGUAUCUACAUAUGUUUAUGAUGGCUUAUACCAUGUGGAGAAAUGUUGGCAAGAAAGAGGGAAAUUUGGCAAACUUAUUUUCAAAUUUAAGUUAAAAAGGAUUUCAGGACAACCACAGCGAACUCAAGGAUUACCAUCCAAAAUAGAUAAGUACCCAUCUAAUCGAAAGGUUAUUUUAGCAAGUAAUACUUUUGAGGACAACGAAAAAGUAACAGUUGGAACGAGGAACACACUUGAUGACAAGAGACCUUCAUCACAUGUUUUCGAUAAAACUUAUUCUGUGAUUUUCAAUCAAUCCAAGUCAAUUGGUUGUGAUUGCAUUGAUGGAUGCUCAGAUUUUAAAGAUUGGUCAUGCAAAAUAAAGAAUGGGAAAGUUCUUCCUUAUGAUCACAAUGAACGUCUUAUUGUAAGAAAGCUUCGUAUUUUCGAGUGUGGUCCUUUUUGCAAGUGUUAUGGUUCUUGCAUAAAUAGAGUGACACAACGUGGCAUCCGAUUUCAACUUCAAGUGUUUAUGACUAAAUCAGGAAGAUGGGGUGUUCGAUCAAAACAAUACAUUCCAGCCGGAAGUUUUAUAUGCGAGUGUUUUGGACUACAUCAAGCAAAGGAAGGAAUUGAGCAUUUGUUGGGCAAGGAAAACAACUGUGAUGCGCGUAUUUGUCAAAACAAUCGGGUGCUUCCUCUUCAUAAUUUGUCGCAUCCAAGUUUCCCUGAAAAUGAUGAGUAUUUUACUAUAGAUAUUACUGAAUUUGAUAAUGUAGGAAGCUUUAUUAAUCAUAGUUACUCUCCUAACCUUCAUGUCCAAAAUGUCCUUCAUGGUGAUAGUAAGAAGCCUCAUUUGAUGUUAUUUGCCAUGAAGGACAUACAUCCUCUCCAAAAGUUGACUUACAAUUAUAAUUGUGGGACAAAGUUUUGAUUGUAGGUUUUGUAAUUGUAUUGGAAAGUUUUUUUAGUUCAUUAAAAUGGUUUAUGAUAAUCCCAAAUUUUACAUACUGAAUAAGGUGUCCAUUAUUGACCCAAACCAGUACUAACCAACCUGAGGGAAGGUAGUAUUAAAUGCGCCUCGUGGCGACCUCACAACAAAUCCUUAAGAAAGAUUUGUGAUAUGUCUCAAUUACAUUGGCUUGGCCGACCCAAUAUUAAUUCUUGAACUCUUGUAAUGAAUACAUCAUAUGGAGUGAACACACACGCAGACAAAAGAUUGGUUGUUGUGUGGCAAAUGGCAGAAGCUUCCUGAGGAUGACGUGAUCGAGCCAAUGGGAAAAAAGAGGGCAAAAGGCAUAUAUAAGAAGAUGGUACAAGAAUAGCAAAGAGACUUUGAGCUAGCCUUAUUUGAGAUUGUUGCUGGAAACUAUUUUUUGACAACAUAUAAAUAGUACCAUUUAUAAGUUGAAAAAAAUUAAAAUAGUAAAUUAAAAAGAAGAUUAAUGCAUAAGAUAAAUAAAAUAAGUGAUAAAAAGAAAUGUCUCUCUCUUGCAAAAAAACUAGUAACACAGACUCCAUUGAUGAUUCCAUUAAUUAUUUGUUUAUAAAAAAAAAAUUAAUUUAGUCAAUUUUCUAAUACUUCCAAUAAAAGUUAUUGCAUAAAAAGUAUCUCUGCAAUUUUUGUUUACCUCUCGACUUCAACUCCAAAUGGGAGCUAUAUCAGAUCACCUUUUGAAACCUGAAAUUAUAGGUCAACUGAUUGGUUAUUGCUAAUGAGAUUUAUUUCCUGCUAACUGGUUUCAUGGAUCAAUCUUCAAGUGGGCAAGAUCUUUGUAAUCUUUGGAAAAGUGUGUGUGAUUCAAGGAUCAUAGCAAUCUGUCAUUUUGUUUGAUAGUCUUCAAUGUCAGUCUUGAAUUUAUUGCCUGUACUUCCUCUACUUCCAUCCUCUUCAAAAAGCAGACACUAAAAAACAUUCACCAAUGAAGGAAUACGGAUUUGCUAGUUGUGUAACAAUACUAGUAAAGAAGGAAAACUAUAAUAAUUUGAAAGAAACCAUGCUCGUGUCACAUAACUUUCUUUCUACCUUUUUUUUCUUGAAGUUUCUUCUGUUUCUACAAUCUUUCUUAUAAAUAAGUGGUCUCUUCAGGUAUGUUUUUAUUGUUGAUUUGUAUAGUAGGAGUGAGAUAUAUGAGAAGGAGAAUGAUGAAGAUGAUGGGCAACUAGAGUUUGCACUGGGAAAAAUAGGAGCUGACGUUGAAGUAAUAGCAUACUUAUUUCCAGAACUGAAUUUGUUUUGGAAGCAAGCGGCAUUAUUCUGAGAGCCAAGAUGGUGAAUUUAGUUGUUAAGAACAAUUCUUUAAUUUAUAUGUAUAACUUAGAUCAGUAAUUCUACCAAUGCAAUCUAUUUGUCUACUGUCCAAGAAUACGAGUGGUAGCGUUCAUAUGAUGCUGGCAAGAGAAUUGGGUGUUUCAAGAAAUAUAGGAUAUUCCAAUUAUGUAGUCUGUAGAUAUGUGUCAUGAAACGAGAUGUUCAUUUAUGGUUUUUUGAGCAGGAAACAAGAAUCAAUUGUCCAGGUGUGAUGGAGAUGGAAAUUCGGCCUUGGUUGACAACACAGCUUUUUAUAUUAGAAUCAAUUCUCAGCGGUUAAUUCCACUAAGAUGAUACUAAAUUUCAACUUCAUGGAUAAAAUAUCAAAUGGAGGAGAAAAGCAGCCUAAUACUGCUGCUCAAUUGCCACCAAAGCACUAGAGAAGGGGAAAUAACACGCGACGAAGAGCGUAACCUCUUGCUAGUGCUAAGCCGAGCUGGAAACUAAUGCAUGACUUGCAUAAGACAUGGGCUAAAUCGUUGAAGGGGAGAUCAUCACAUGUAAGUUGUAGCACAUUUUAAUACUGCCAAUACUCCCAGCCAAGCAGGGAGCUUAGAACUCAAUUUAAAAGAGACAGUUGGAGGUUGUUCUAUCCUAAAUUUGGUUAAAAAGGAAAGAAAAAUAAUUUAAAUUUUACAAACACCCUUAUUAUGCAUCAAAAUAUUUUCUAACCACUUUGGAUCGACUAUGGAAUACAAUGCCAAGUCUUGCUAUGGAUCAAUUAUGACUGGUCGCAAGGUCUUCCAAACUUCGCCUAGGGGGUUUAUUCCUCAGUUUAAGUGGGAGCUUAUCUGGGACGGGGCGCAAGUCUUGCUUUGGAGAAAUUCUUUGACUCAUAAUAUUCCUUGUAGAACUGCUCUCUAGGAUUGAAUUCUUUGAAAUAUUGAUAUUAUUGAGAUUCAAGUGAUGCCUUUGCAUUAAGAGAAAUUCGAGCCGCAACUCAUCUCUCAUUUAGAUUCUUGGGAUUUCGAGUCCGAUUCGCCCUCUUCCCAUCUCCACCAAAUCUGGCACUUCUAGGCAAGAGGUUUGGAUCUCCAACUCUCCUUAUUGGAUUUACUUAACUAUAUACUAUCAGUGGCGGAUGAGAGUGGGAUGUAGAUGAAGAUAUUGUGGACGCUUAUUCAUUGCAUUUUAAGGGAAAUGGGGUUGAUGGGUUGACUCGGAAACCUCCAAACAAUAUUUGAUAUGCAUGUCUUUGUAAUCAAGUCAUAGUCUAAAGGUACACAUUUAUUUAUUUAUUGCUUCAAUUUUAUUUACUUUGUGGUAUAAAUGAAUCUCUUAAAAAAAAAAGUAAGCAGAAGAAAAUGAUGAGGAUAAAAGGAAAUGAAAUAAGUGUUGAUGUACAAUAAGGAUAAAAUUUAUAACGAAAUAAUUUUUAAUUUAAAAAAAAAUAUUAAAAAAUACAAAAUUCAAAUAUUUUAUUUUAAAAAUAAAAAAAUUGAUGUGUUAAUUAUAAGCUCAAUUUGCUUAUAAAUACUGAUAUUUAUAUGCUAUUGUUUAUGAGUUAUGUCAAUCGCCAGA